AUGAACAGCAGAAGCAGUAGUGGCCAGCCCUGCAGGCCGAAGGCUGUGACGUCACCUCAACACCUGCUGCAGCGCCAGUGCAUUCACGCAGUUCAGCAGCAGCCACGCCCCCCAUCACCACCACCGGUGCCACCUCCCGGUAUUCUUCCACAGCAGAUCCGCCAUCCCACUCGCGCCACGCCGCCUCUCCCGCCGUCACAACCGCUCCCGACGCCACCGUCACACCCAGCACCACCAUCAAAGCUUCCAGUGGACUUCCAGGAACUCCAGCAGUCCCAGUCCCCUCUGUUGCAGCCUCGGUGCCCUCGGCAACAGCAGCCUACAGACCAACAAGAAUCGUCACAGAAACCUGAAGAACUGCCAGCAAAUCAAGCUGUUACCGCCACCGACCAGCAGUGGAAACAUAAGAGCGGAGAGUGUGACAAGCUCUUCAGCACCAUGACGUCUCUCAAGGUGUGUCUUCGCCGUAUUAUGGCUACCUGUGAUAAGGGCUUGUACCUGUAA